AUGAAGAAGUUGAACCUGGACCCGGAACUAGCAGGGAGAAAAAGGAUGGGUCAGCUACAUGAAUUGGAAGAAUUCAUACUCCACGCCUAUGAAAAUGCUAAGCACUAUAAGGAGAAGACUAAACGAUGUCAUGAUAAAAAUAUUGUGCCUCGACUUUUUGAAUCGAGGCAAAAUGUAUUAUUGUUUAACUCUAGAUUGAGGUUGUCUCCAGGUAAGUUGAAGUCAAAAUGGAGCGGACCAUUUGAGGUGGUGCGCAUGACCGACCACGGCGCUGUAGAGUUAUGGAAUGAAGGUAAGCAAUCCACGUUCAUCGUGAAUGGACAGAGGGUGAAGCAUUAUUUCGGACAAGAGGUGGUUCGAGAAGAAGAAAGUGUGGAGUUGAGCAAUGAAUGA